AUGGCUCCUCGUCUUCGUUCCUCCUCGCGCAACACCUCGCGCAACAACACCAGGCCAUCAUCUCCUCACAGUGCGCCUGCUACCCGGCCCUCCUCCUCCACCUCAGACACCGCGCGGCCAAAGAAACAGCGCAGGACCGGCAUCGAAACGCGUUCGCCGGUAGACGUCGUGGAGGAGGAAGAGCGCCAGGUAGAGCGCAAACCAGCUGGCAGCCAGACGGACGCCACGCUAGAGCAAUCAGAGCAGGCUGCAAACCACCAGAUAGCAGACCUGCAGAGCUCCCAGCCACUGGCUACGGCUGCUGAGCUGUCCACGAGCCAGGGCAGCCAGCUUGCCGGCCAGCCGUCGUCUGCGCUGCCAGCAGAACAGAGUCUCGAGCCACCACAGACCGUAGCUCCGCGAGCAGAUCCAGAGACAUGGGUGGAACCCACCCCAGUUACGCCAAAGACCACCUUCCGCGGGUAUGGCUUGAAUAGAGGUGGCCAGUACACUUCAAUGCUACCCCUAGGCACACGGCCUACCCUGGCCACCCGCCGUCGAGUUGGACUCGAGCCCCCCGCCCCCAACACCACCAGCAAAGUCACCAAAAGAAAGGGGGGCCGGUCCACGAAGCCAAAACAGACAACGAAGAACGUCGAUGAACGGCCAAGCACCGCUUCGACUUCAGCUGAGGACGCUGCCGCCAUCUCUGAUAGUUCCCGUGCGGAGGGAAUUAUCCAGGGAGUCCUCGAGCGUGAAGAGCGGUCAGAGCCAGCACCAGCCAGCAGAAUGACACGAUCGAAAGCUGGCAAGGACAAGCUUGAUGACUCCGCUGACAGCCAGUCAGCCGGUCCAUCCGUGCCCUCAUCGAGGAAAUUCACCUCGGAGAAACUCAUGGAUAUCCUCGGAUCAGCCAUCCUGCGUGCUGAGGAGUCUCAGGACUCCAAAGUCGCAGGUGGCCUCCGCUGGAUCAAGGAGGCUUCGGCCUCCGAUCCAUAUCUCCUUGGUGUCUUGGAGGGCGCCAUCAACAGAUCGGCGGAAGCUCACCACCGAUCCGCCUUCCAAGCCCUGAUGAGGGACGCAGUCAAGCGCGUCCAAGCCCAGCAACUGGACGACAGUGCCGCUGCCACGGAGAUGGUACGCACUGCAUCGGCGACAACCACGUCGUCGCUCUCCACGGCAAAGUCCCUAGAUGCCGACGCCUUCGCCCCUGCAGCGGCUGAGCAGGAUCCAGCCAACGCACUCACCUCUUCCAAAGGCAAAGGAGCGAAAGCUCCCAAGCCCAAGGCAAAGGGUAGAGGGCGAGCUGGUCCCUCGAAAGCUCAUGCGGUUCCCCCAACCAAUUCGGCUUUCUCACGGAAGCGCAAAUUGGAGGAGGACCCAGAGUUCUCGGAAGAAGCCGUGGCUGCGAAACGCAGAGCUUUAGAGGAGGCCACCAUCGCCAUGACUAGCGAGGCCGAAGAAAGCAAUGUCCGGACAGUCUUGGAGCCACCACAGGGAUGGAUCUUCCCGGGCCCUUCUGUCCCUUCGGACAGUGAGGGUCAAGGGACUAGACCUGUGGUGGCCCCUGUACCAAAGGACAAAGCUGCCAGUAAGCCCGCUGGGAGCUCCUCCAACAAACGCAUUCGCAAACCGAGAGCACAAGCUGAUGAAAUCGAUAACAUCGAUUUCUGCCGGGCGUGCAACGGUAAUGGUCAGCUUCUAUGCUGCGACGGCUGCGUGGACUCAUUCCACUUCACCUGCCUCCAACCCCCAGUUGACCCCAACUCUCCACCGGCGGGACAGUGGUUCUGUCCCACCUGUGAGAAGAAGGGCCUUCUGGGCGGGCUAGCGGAGGUGAUGGAAAGUGUCCCGCAGACCGGCUUCACCUUACCGACUGAGGUGCGCGAAUACUUUGCUGAAGUCGAGACUGGCCCUGGAGGAGAGUAUAGGGAUGUGCGUGCACUUCCCGAGGGCAGCAGUACCCGGGCAAAACCAGUCCGGGGCAGUCGUGGAAUUGCCGUUGAAGAGAACGAUCCUUUACGGAUCGUUGACUCUCAAGGCAAGAUCAUAGCCUGUGUUCGAUGUGGUCUAACCUCAGAGAACCGGCGACCGGUCAUCAUCUGCGACUACUGCCCGUCCGCCUGGCAUCUGGAUUGUCUCGACCCGCCUAUGGCGAAUCCCCCUCGCCAGAAACCGGGUAGUGACAAGCCAUACCAUUACUGGAGAUGCCCGAAUCACAUUGAAGACGCCCUCGAAGAAUACUACCCGGGUAGGGUCCGACGACCCCGUAACCCCAAGUAUGUAGACAUCGAGGUCUUGCCCGACAGCGACGAGGAGAGCGUCGACGAGCAGGACCAAGAGGGCGUCGUCUAUCGUGUGAAGGAGAGCGGACUCGUCCAAAAGUUCAUUACGUACGCUAAGAGCGAGCGUGCGAUGGAGGAAUGGGCCAGAAACAGAAAGACUCGCAAUGAAACUCGUGCCCAACAAGCGAGAGUGGAUGAGGUGCCGGAAACGGUGCCUACCUUCGAGCAACUUGGGCCGACCGAGCAGCAGGCUGUGUUGGGCUUGAUGGACAUCACAGGCUGCUCAGGGGUCGAGCGAGCGGAGCAGGUCGUUUCUGGCCUCAUUGCCGGAGCGCCCGAUGGGUUCCGCAAUGCCUCCAGUGAGCUUGAAAUUCUUCAAGCUGUUCACGAGUUGGUAGGAAAGCGCAUUCAAGCGCUUACUCCGACCUCUGAAUCUACCAACUGA